ACCGAAUUUUCAUCUCGCUCAGUAUUUUUUUUCCUUUCCACCUCUCUUCUGCUUUGCUUACCAUAAGGUAUAGGUAACACUAAAAACAAUAGAAGUUCAGCCUUGAUCUUCGAAGAUAAGUUAAGCUAUACUAGAGUCCAAUUUUGCUCUUUAUUACCCCCAUAGUAGUAGAGAUGUUCAGAAGGGUUGAUCGGACAUUAUUCCGAAAAGAACUUACUCAUGCAAAUUGUCGUCGUCAAUACCUGAAAAUUUCGAGUGGGGUAAUCGAAAUAUAUCAAAGUUUCAACACAAAGGAAAGCUAUGGUGUCUACAGAAAGAAAAAUCUAUGUAUACACAGUGAUUACAGACGACUAUAUACUACGCUGAGCCAUCAGGCAGACAAGGUACGAUCAUUGGAUAGUGUUAAGGACGAGCUAAGCGCUACGAAGCCUCAAUGGUUUACCAAAUUGAUGACCAAACAAGAGUCGGUACCUUUGUAUACCACAUUCCAAUCAUUAGCACUGCAAGAUAAAAAUCUGUUAAAUCAGAUAGAGGUAAAUUCAAACUUGCAACACUUAUUGUCAUAUUUGAGUAGUAAAACGAAACGAGAUUCGAAGGAUGAGUUCGAUGAAGACAGCCGGAAUGUAAUGAACAUAUCCUUUAAAUCCCUGAAAGGUUCCAAGUCUGUGGAGUCAGCGUUUGCUAUAAUAAUACAUACAAUUUUGAAAGCACAAUACCCUGCAUAUAGUAAUCCUACGAUAGAUGCUUGCUUGGAGGAAAGCAGACAAAAGUACAAUCUACAGCCUACAAAUUUAUUUAUUAGCAAAGAAUUGGCCGGAGACAAUGUUUUUGGGUCAGAGUUUGACAAAAUAGUGAAUGACCAGAGCUUCAGAACUGCCGUCCAGAUAUUGAAAAUACGCCUGAAGGAGAACAAGGGUUGGAAACCUAAUUAUGAAAGUCGAGAUGACAAUAUUAUUACAUGGAUUAACUCACUAUUUGAACCUUCGACAAGCAAGUGUCUAAUUAUGUUGACCAAAUCAAAAUAUGUCCCUGACAUUAUCAUCUAUGAUUUACUUUUGAGAAAGCCAACAAGUGAGCUUGAAUAUAAAUAUUUUGUUGAGUUUUAUAAAAGUUUCUCAACAGAGUUGAAUUUGAUUGACCAAGAAAAACUAUAUCAUUUUAAACAAUUUGACACCAAAUUUGACAGGAGUCUCAUUAUACCAGCAUUGUUUAAUAAUUUGUUUCAAAUAUCUAUGAGGUCAAAAUUAGAAGAUUUACCUUUUUUGGUUGAACUUUUUCUGAAUGAGAACAACAUUUCUAGCUCAUAUACAUUAGAGCAGAUCAGCGAAAUGAUAUGGUACCUUUCCUAUGACCACACAGGAGAACAUGCUAACAAGCCGUCGAGGUAUUGCAAUAUUUCACAAUCGAAGUUGAUAAGAGCCGUGAAUCAUAUGACAGAGAAAAGUAAAGCAUUAGAAGUUGAUGUGACGACUAUGCUAGGGGUUUCUAAUUUGUCAUUUUACAGAGAUUUUAGAAAAUCGUUUCAAAUGUUUAAGAAUGCAAAGAAGCAAUUUGAUCAUUGGCAGUUACAGAAUUUCAAGCCAAAAGGUUUUAAGGAAGUGAUGAUCACGAAGAGCUGUAACACUAAUGAAGUCGAAAGACUUGCCAACAGUGGCUUAUUGUACAAUGUUAAAGUCGACUAUAACAUCAAAUUUUUGUGCAAUUCUGUUUUACUUUUAGCUGUCAACUCGGAGAAUGAAGAGAUGAUUUCUCAAGACUUGACAAACAUUUUCAAGAAAAUCGAACCUGAUAUUUUGAUCAAGUAUCCUGAGAUUUGGCAAUUUGUUUUAAUCAAGCUGAAUUAUCACAAGAUGUUAACAGAACAAAUGAUUGCCAUGUUAUUUCAGGAGUACCUUAAACAUCAUCGGACCUAUGGCACGAACAAUUAUUUUGUGUUAGAUAUUUUAAUCAAUAGCACUCAAAAGGUCAAAACUCUAAUUUCAUUGAUUGAGAAUCUAAAGAUUGAGAAUAUGGAUGAUAACAAUAUAUCGCAUUUGAUCUCCAAAUUCUACAAAUUUGCAAAGAAUCAAAGUAGUGAUAUGGAUUUAGAAGCUUACAACUGUUUGGAUACAGCACGGGAGUUGUAUACUAAUUCAAAGUUUAAAUCGAGUAGACUCAAUUCGUCUCAUCUUUUGGGGGAGGCUAUUUUUUCUCCUCAGGACACGUUCAGGAGAUACAACUCUAUCAAUGACCAUUUUAAAAUUACUCAGCUUUCUAUUUCGUCCUUAUUCGUUUCUGUCUAUAAACUCUACGAGAGUAACAUUUAUGAUAAGGUGAGAUGGGGGACGAAUAAUACCGUUAUGCCAUUGGACUUUGCGCUCGAAGAAUUCAACAAGCACAUAUCACGUGCAUACGGGGAUACAAGUGAUGGAAUGCUGUAUCCGAAUGACAACUUGUUGGCGAUAUACAUUAAUGUAUUGAAAGUGUUUGGGAAGGCUGACGAGAUCAAGGAGUUACUGUCCCGGCUUGUGGAUUUGAAGUACCCGCUUGGUGUGUCGCUGUUCAACACUUACCUGGACGCUUUGAACGAUUGGGACAAGCGGGAGCUCUUGAGGUGUUUGAAUGCAUACGAUAUGAAGUUUAACAAGCUAAGUUCGUGCAGAAGCGAGUACCAGUUGAAAAAGAUGAAGGAGCAACUCCCUGCUGUUCAAGCCAAGGGUUCGUUUGAGGAGUUUGUGUCAAAGAUGGAUUUUAACUGGGGGGUCAUACGACGCUGGAACUGGCCUGGAAGACAAUACGAACGAUAAGCUGUACAUAGCGAUAGAAAAAAUUUAUAGAUAGACAUGACUAAAUAACAUUCCUAGC